UAAGUAGGGCAAAAGUGGCUGGAAGCGACAUGCUUACAAGCAGAGUUGGUCAGUGAACAUUUAUCCUCUUGCUAAAGAGAAACUCGAACACCAUGAAGGCUGCGAUUGUUCUUCUGGGAACGCUCGUCGGUUUUGCCUCAGCUGGUUACUUAGGAUAUCCUGCUUAUGGAGCGUACUAUGGUGGUUAUGGAUACGCGGCUCCUUAUGCCUAUGGAGCGUACGUUGAACCUUACUAUGCCGCGCCCAUCAUUAAGACCUCACUUGUUCCAAGUUAUACCUAUACCAAGACGUACCAUAGCCCAAUUGUAGCGGCCCCCAUCGUGAAGCCAGCGUAUUACGGUGGUGUGUACGGAGCUUACGGUUAUGCCUCGCCCCUGUAUGGUGGUCACGGAUACGGACUCCACUACCUUAAAAAGAAGUAAUCAACUCUUGCGCUAAGGAGGGGGAUGCUCAAAUCCACAAGACCAACAACUACAUUUAGAAUGCGCUUAGAAAUGUACGCACAUGAAUCACGCGCCAAUUUUAUCAUAAGGCGAUUCUUUACGUGAAAUUUUAUCUGGCUCGCUUCUUGAAUAAAUUACCAUUUGUUGUACAUAUAGGAAAGAGUUAUCCAUGUUGUGAA